CCCUAUCCCCCUACCCCCACCCCGUAAGCCCUCCGGCUGCGUCUUACCACAGUGCCAGCAGGUGGCCUGGGGCGGGCAGCUGGGGGCUCACCACCCUGAGACCUCAGAGGGCUACCCUUGGAGGGUGGCCAGGCUGCCAGCGGCCCACCUGUCACCGCUGCCCCCAGCCUUGCCGGCCCCUGGUCCCGCUGGCUCCCCUGAUGCCUGGCUGAGCCUCAGCCGCAGCCCCAGCUGCCCCCGCCUCCUCCUGGCCCCAGAGGCUGCAGCAGGCGACUCGGGCACCGGGCAGCUAACGGGUAAGUCCGGGGGCAGGUGCGGGGCGCCCUGCACGGCUUUCUCCUGCUGGCGGCCGGGAAGGGGACUGCGAGGACUGGGAGGUGCACUUCGCAAGCUGUCACUACCAGGGACUCUGCGACCUGGGUCCUUCACCCUCAGAAGCCCCUGCCUCUCUGCACGCUGCCUGGUCUGCCUCCCUGGCCGACGACCCCAGAGCCUCGACACAGCCGCUGGCCCGGGCAGCAGUGGCAUGGGCAGCGCCAGCCCCAGCCUGAGCAGCCUGCCCCCCAGCCGCCUCCUUCUGUCCCCCAACACUGUGCUGCGGGCGGGCCCGGAGAAGGUGACUGCCGGGGUGCCGGGCCCUGACAGACGGGACUGGAGCCCCAGCCCGCCGGCCACGCCCGAGCAGGGCCUGUCCGCCUUCUACCUCUCCUGCUUGGACAUGCUGUACCCCGGCGACAGCAGCUGGGCCGCCAAGGGCCCCGGGGCCGGCAGCCGGGACGAGCCGCCCGAGGAGCCCGAGCAGUGCCCGGUCAUCGACAGCCAAGCGCCCGGGGGCAGCCUGGACCUGGCGCCGGGCGGGCUGAGCCUGGAGGAGCACUCGCUGGAGCAGGUGCAGUCCAUGGUGGUGGGCGAGGUGCUCAAGGACAUCGAGACGGCCUGCAAGCUGCUCAACAUCACGGCAGACCCCGUGGACUGGAGUCCAGGCAACGUGCAGAAGUGGCUGCUGUGGACGGAGCACCAGUACCGGCUGCCCCCGGUGGGCAAGGCCUUCCAGGAGCUGGGCGGCCAGGAGCUGUGCGCCAUGUCGGAGGAGCAGUUCCGCCAGCGCUCACCACUCAGCGGGGAGGUGCUGCACGCCCACCUGGACAUCUGGAAGUCAGCGGCCUGGAUGAAAGAGAGGGCCUCCUCCGGAGCCGUCCACUUCUGCGCCUCGACCAGCGAGGAGAGCUGGACGGACAGCGAAGUGGACUCGUCCUGCUCCGGGCAGCCCAUUCACCUGUGGCAGUUCCUCAAGGAGCUGCUGCUGAAGCCCCACAGCUACGGCCGCUUCAUCCGGUGGCUCAACAAGGAGAAGGGCAUCUUCAAAAUUGAGGACUCCGCCCAGGUGGCCCGGCUGUGGGGCAUCCGGAAGAACCGGCCCGCCAUGAACUACGACAAGCUGAGCCGCUCCAUCCGCCAGUAUUACAAGAAGGGCAUCAUCCGGAAGCCGGACAUCUCCCAGCGCCUCGUCUACCAGUUCGUGCACCCCAUCUGAGGCCGGGCCAGCCUCCCGCCGGCCGGCCCGCCCGGCCAGCGGACCCCCCGGGGAGAGGGAGCCUGCUGGCAUUCCGAGUCCAAGGUCAGGGAGGGGAGGGCCCCUGCUCCCAGAGUGCAGUGAGCUCUCUGCCCCCCAGGCCCCCUGUGCCGGUGCCCAGCCAUGACAGGACAGAGGGCACCGGGCUGUCCCCCGUGUUCACAGCUCCCCAGGGAAGGCGCUCCCUGCCUGAGCCCAGCACUCCCAGAGCAGACCUGACAGAAUGGCAAUGACUUGUCCAAGGCCACUCACAGUCCCGUGCUCUCUGCCACUCAGGCCCGGCAUGGUGCUGGGGAGCCGGAGGGGCCCCUGGGAAUGGCUAAUAAAGAUACCAGAAAACUGA